AUGAGUACAAGAAUCACAAAGGACCCAAAUGAAGAGGAUGAGAUCAUGAAAAAGGGACAAUACACAUGGGAGAUCAAAGAAUACAGGGCGCUUAAUGAAGCAAAGGUACGUGGUCCAACAUUUACUGUUGGUGGUGUCGAGUGGAAUAUUCUAUUGUUUCCUCGUGGGAAUUCUAAUCAACAUUUGGCGUUGUAUUUAGAACCUGUUCAACCAAAGAAAACAAACCCUGAAACAGGUGAAGAAGAGCCAUUAGACCCGAAUUGGUAUGUUUGUGCCCAAUUUACUCUUGUCAUUUCAAAUCCAAAAGAUCCAAAGAAUUAUAUUUUAAAUACUUCUCAUCAAAGAUUUAAUAAAGAUGCAACUGAUUGGGGAUUUUCUAAUUUUACAGACCUGAAAGCAUUAUAUCAAUCACGUAAAGAUCAUGGUCCAUUGAUUUGGGAGGAUAAAGUUAAUAUAACGGCUUUUGUUAAAGUGUUGAAAGAUCCAACUGGUGUAUUGUGGCAUAACUUUUUGGAUUAUGAUUCUAAAAAAGAAACUGGAUUUGUUGGUUUCAAAAAUCAAGGUGCUACAUGUUAUUUGAAUUCUUUAUUACAGUCUUAUUUUUUCACAAAGAGCUUUAGAAAAGCAGUUUAUCAAAUCCCCACAGAAGGUGAAGAUCCAAAUGAUAGUGUUGCCUUGGCUUUACAAAGAAUCUUUUAUCAAUUGCAACAUUCUCAGGAUCCAUUAGAUACUACUGAAUUGACGAAGUCUUUUGGUUGGGAUACUGGUGAAGCUUUCACUCAACAUGAUGUUCAAGAAAUGAAUAGAAUUCUAAUGGAUAGAUUAGAAGCAAGAAUGAAAGGCACCGUUGCAGAAAAUUCAUUAAACAAUACAUUUGUUGGUAAAAUGAAAAGUUAUAUCAAAUGUAUCAAUGUUGAUUAUGAAUCCUCAAGAACCGAAGAUUUUUGGGAUAUUCAAUUGAAUGUUAAAAAUUUAAGCAAUUUGACCCAAUCAUUUCAAAAUUAUAUUGAAGUGGAAUUGAUGAAUGGUGAAAAUCAAUAUGCUGCCCAAGAUUACGGUUUACAAGAUGCAAAGAAAGGUGUCAUCUUUGAAUCAUUUCCAAACGUUUUACAUCUUCAAUUGAAGAGAUUUGAAUAUGAUUUCAAUUAUGAUCAAUUAGUUAAGGUUAAUGAUCGCCAUGAAUUCCCUGAAUCAAUUGAUUUAAGCCCAUACCUGGAGCAUCAAGAAGGUUCAAACCCGGAUCCUUUGAUUUAUGACUUACAUGGGGUCUUGGUUCAUGCUGGUGAUAUCACCACUGGUCAUUAUUAUGCAAUGAUCAAACCAGACCAAUCCAAUAACUGGUAUAGAUUUGAUGAUGAUAAAGUUUGGAAAGUUACUAGAAGACAAGUGUUUGAUGAGAAUUUUGGAUUGGAUCCAUUGGACAAUACCAAGCUGGCCAAGAUGACUAGGGUUCAAUAUCAAAACUACCAAUAUCGUCGUCAUACAAGUGCUUAUAUGUUGGUUUAUAUCAACAGAAACGAGUCGGCUAAUAUAUUACAGGAGGUUACUGAAAGUGAUGUUCCUACUUACAUUGUUGAUGAAGUUAAAAAGGAAUUGGAAGAACGUGAAAGACUACGUAAAGAGUUGGAGGAAAGUUAUUUGUAUUUGAAUAUCAAUUUUUACACAAACAAAUUGUUCAAGAAAUAUGAAGGUUUUGAUCUUGGUCCUUACACUGAAGAAGAUUCACCUUAUACACUAAGAGUCUUGAAAGAGAAGAAAUUCACUGAGAUCUUCACUGAAUUGAAGGAAUCUUUGGACAUUGAUGGAGAGAGCGUUAAUUUCUGGAUUAUGAACUAUCGUCGUAACCAAACCUUAAGACCAUCAUCACAACUCCAGUAUGACAAUUUGACAGUUGGUGAGAUUUAUGAAAAGUUUCUGUCCAAGAAACAUUCAUCUGCUAAUUUAUGGAUCGAAGAACCUGAGAAUGACUUGAACACAGCCAUUGGUGAGGAGUCCACUGUUGCAGAAACUCAAGAAACUGAAUUAGUCACUAGCUCUGAAAAGAUUUUAAUGUUUUUGAAAUACUUUGAUCCUGAAAAUCAAUCAUUGAAGGGUUUAACACAUUUCUACACAGAUUCUGAUGCAACCAUUGAGUCUUUGAUUCCAAAAAUCAACAAGUAUUUGAACUUUGAUCCAGAUCAAACAUUAGAUUUAUUUGAAGAGAUACAGCCAACAUCAAUUGAAGUUUUGGUUCCAUCAUAUUCAUUUUACAAAGCUGAACUUUCAAAUGGUGAUAUACUCACUGUUCAAAAGAGUGUUCUCAAUAAUAAUGAAGACAUACUUUCAUCAAAUUCUAGGGAUAUCUAUCCAUUUUAUGAUUCAGCAAAUCUUUAUUAUGAAUAUUUACGUACAAGAAUUUACGUGAAAGCACAGCCAUUAGCAGAUACUUCAAAUGACGAUGAAUAUGUUGUUAAGAAAGACACUGAUGAGUUGUUUGAUUUUUGGAUUUCAACACAUGCUCCAUAUGAAGAGUUGGCUACAAGAAUAAGUAAAGUUGCAAAAGUUGAUCCAAAGUAUUUGAGAAUUUUUGUUAAUUAUAGUGGAAAUAGAAUUCCAUUACGUACCGAUAUGUUUGUUGGGAACGUCACACCAAAGUCAGUAUCAGCAUUAACACCGUUGUUUGAAUAUGAAGUAUUAAAUAUCUCCCUACACGAAUUGGAAAAUAUGAAGUCAAUCAAAGUUCAUUGGCUAACAUCUGGUUACUUUCAUUAUCAACUUUUAGACAUAUUGAUUCCAAAAACUGGUACUAUUCAAGAUUUAAUUGAUAAAAUUCAACACAAGACUGGCUUUGAUGCUAAAGAUAAAGAAAAUUGUAUGGUUUGGGCUAAUGUUAAUUUCAAGUUUUUCCAAGUUUUAUAUCCUGAAAUUCAAGUUGCUUCUUUGGAAAAUACAUUGACUAUCUUCGCUGCAAUUUUACCUGAAGAAACCAUCACUUUAGAAAAACAAUUUGCUAUUGAAGAAGGUGAUCAAAUUGACGACAAUGGCAAUAAAGCAGAUCAUGAAAAAUUGGUUCCAGUUAUUCAAUUUAACAAGGAUCCAACCAGACAACAUGGUAUUUCUUUUGUUUUUAAAUUGAUUCCAGGAGAAAAGUUGAGUGAAACUAAGAAACGUUUACAAAAGAAGUUUGGAUUAGGUACAAAAGAGUUUUCAAAAGUUUCAUUGUGUGCAUGGGAUACACAGUUCAAGAAGCCUCUUUAUCUUGAAGAUGAUGAUUUGGUGACUUAUGAUGAGAUUACAGAAAGUGAUUAUCUUUGUAUGGAUCAUCCAAAUCGUACAAGUCGCCAAGGUUCCUUACAGGGUGGUGGUAUUUCCAUCAAGUAA